CUGGCCACAACACUUGUAUUGAAACAUCACCAGCCUGAAACCAACUUGAAGACAUGCAGUCUGUCGACGCCAAAUUGAGCAGAAGCUCCCUGCUGCUGGCCUUGCACCGCUACAGCACUGCAGUGCACAAUAUGGAGCAGACCAUCCUGCUGCCUAGCCUCCUGCGGGACAUCCCAUACAAUGAUGCUCCAGGUGCCACAGACAAGAGCAUAGAUCUGUACGAGAACUACCUUAUGCUGAAAGCUAUCAAGAACAUGGUGGAGAGUGGUCUGGUACCACACGAGGAUGGCAAAUAUCACACAUGCCUGCAGAAAGAUCUGGAGCCGCUGCUGGAGGCUGAACCUGAGGUGCUUUUCCACUUCCAUCUGUGCGGUCUGUUCACAGUCAUGGCUACCCUUGCGAAGAAGUCCCAGAACUUGACAGAGAAAUACUUAGACAUCAUUGGUUUCAGUCGUUAAUGGAUGAGGACAUCCGUCUUUUAGGGUGGAAGAAAUGAUCUGGAAAUCUGUUUACAUCCUGGUCACAUUCUGUGGCUUGCAAUAAAAAUAUCCAACACAUGUUACCUUUUAAAAAAUUAUUUUAAAAGAUUUUCUUCAAUAUUUAAAUGAUUUUAUUUGGUGUUAAAUUAUUAGUUUGGACUCACUGAAAGGAUUAGAGGUGAACAACUGCAAAUAGAAAAUUAACAAAUAAUAGUUACUGUAAUUCAUGUCAUUUUUAAAAAAAAAAUGAGGACCAUUUUGUA